AUGCUGAAGACAAGGUACCUCACUCUGAGGACAAGGUUUCUCACUCUGAGGAUCAAGGUUUCUCACGCUGAGGACAAGGUUCCUCACGGUGAGGACAAGAGACCUCACACUGAGGAAAUGUUCCUCACGCUGGGACAAGACAAAGUACCUCACACUGAGGACAAGGUCUCAACUGAGGACAAUGUUCCUCAAACUGAGACAAAGUACCAGGACAAAGUACCUCACACUGAGGACAAGGUUCCUCAAGCUGAGGACAAGGUUCCUCAAGCUGAGGACAAGGUACGUCACACUGAGGACAAGGUACCUCACACAUGAGGACAAGGUACCUCACACUGAGGACAAGGUUCCUCACGGAGGACAAGGUUCCUCAAGCUUAGAACAAGGUUCCUCAAGCUGAAGACAAGGUACCUCACACUGAAGACAAGGUGCCUCACACUGAGAACAAAGUUCCUCACGCUGAGGACAAGGCUCCUCGCGCUGAGGACAAGAUUGCUCACGCUUUGGAAAAGGAUCCUCCCGCAGAGGACAAGGUUCCUCUCGCUGAGAACAAGGUACCUCACACUGAGGAAAAGGUUCCUCACGCCGAAGACAACGUUCCUCACGCUGAGGACAAGUUUCCUCACGCUCUUGACAAUGUACCUCACACUGAGGACAAAGUACCUCAGAGGACAAGGUUCCUCACGCUGAGGACAAAGUUCCUCACGCUGAAGACAAGGUCGUCACGCUGAGGACAAGGUUUCUCAGGCUAAGGACAUGAUACCUCUCGUUUAGGACAAGGUACCUCACACUGAGGACAAGGUAACUCACACUGAGAUCAAGGUUCCUCACUCUGAGGACAAGGUUCCUCACGCUGAGGACAAGGUUCCUCAGGCUGAGGACAUGGUUCCUCACGCUGAGGACAACGUUCUUCAAGCUGAGGACAAGGUUCCUAACGCUGAGGACAAGGUUCCUCAGGCUGAGGACAUGGUUCCUCACGCUGAGGACAACGUUCUUCAAGCUGAGGACAAGGUUCCUAACGCUGAGGACAAGGUUCCUCACGCUGAGGACACGGUUCCUACACGCUGA